AUGACGACGAACGCCGUACGUGACGAUUCAGACAGAACGCCUCCACUGUUGGGCCUCGUUCCGAGCGAUCACGGCGCGCCCAAGGACGGCGUUAGCGGCGUGAAUCUUGAGCGUAACAGGCGGAGUAUAGCCGCGUGGCACCAAACGAGGCUCAACAACAUUAUCCUUGAGGAAAUACGGAAGGCAUGUGUUUCGCGUGAUGAUCACCGACUGAUGCUAAAACAACUCAUCUCCACUGCGUACCACAAGGAUCCACAGCGCAAGGCCAACAUUGACAAGUGGAAGGGCAUUAUGCUGGCCGUUGAAAAGGAGUAUGUUGGCGCCAACGCACUUUUUAGUAUCUCCCCCGACCCGUACCAGCGGGUGCUGGCGAAACUCUCAUCGAUGAUGAUAUGGGACGGGGAUGUGCGUCACUGGGAAUACGGCUACUGCACCGAGGAGAUUGCACGACGCCACUCACGACAGAUAGAAGUACUGACACAAAUACAGCGGGCGGGGAAACAUUUUCUGAAUGUGUGA